AUUCGUCGCCUGAAAAUUCUGACUGAAUUACUGUGCGACAUGCCGGAUGAACACGACUAAGCAAACGGCAAACGUUCUGUUAUAUUUUAUAGCAGUUUCUCAGUGUUGCUGUUUUUCCAUUAAAUUAGCAGACCAUAGAUCAAAAUUUACAUGUUGCUAUUGAGAAUUUUACUAGCAGCUGCUACGUGGGUGUAGCCACUCCAUUCUCUGGUCCACGAAUCUGUGCAACACAACUAGCAAAGUAACGUUAGCGUUGGCGAGUAGCUACAAGACGUCGUACGCAAUACUGGUAACUUAGUAAGAUAUUCUCACAGCGUUGUAGUAUUUGGUGCUGCCACCGCUUGUUGCUGACGGCGGUAUGAGUUAUGGAUAUGGCGGUAGAGGUGGGAGAAGAGGCAGAAGAGGAGGUCGAGGGUACAGAGAUGGCAGCACGGAGAGAGGGGGGGGUUCGAAGGGACACAAUUCCAUGGACCAGGACCAAGGAGGAGACGGACAAUGGGGCCGUCACCCUCCACAUCUGAAGGGCCGUGAGAUUGGUCUGUGGUACGCAAGAUAUGGAGCCGUGAGGAAGAAACAGGCUGACCGGAGAUCGCGGGCAGUGGUCCAGAUGGAUGAGGCCAGAGAGCAACACAUUACCAAGCUGCUUAACUCUGUCCAGAAUGACAAGCCUGGUCCAGAGAGGGACAGUUGGGAUACAAAAGCCUCUAUGUCUGACAGCUGGCGAACAGCUGCCAGUCAAAGUGGUCACUGUUAUUUUGAUGGGGAUGUGCCUGAAGAAGAUAAACAGAAGACUGAGAUCAAAUCUGAGGAAGAGGAGGUAGAUGUUAGUGUGGGACAGAAGAAAGCGACUCACAAAUCACAACGUUACUUCUGUCCAGCAGUAGCUAAAGAUGAGCCCCCAGACACAUGGGAUGAAGAUGAACAGCAGCAGCAGCAGCAGCAGCAGGAGGAGGAGGAAGAGGAAGAGGAGGACAAAGAGAAACUGAUAAGAAAAGACAGGGACCUGGAGUUCUUAUUUCAUGAAGUAGUCAGAGAUUGUUCACUGGACGAUUACCUAAAGAAAGAUCUGCAGACCAAGAGAUCGGUUCCAAAAUACAAAGAAAUGCUGAAAUUCAGGGAAAAACUACCAUCUUAUGGGAAAAAGGAGGAGCUUGUGCAGCUGAUCAACUCUAACCGUGUUUUGGUUGUAAGCGGGGAAACAGGCUGUGGAAAGACCACUCAGGUCACUCAGUUCAUCCUAGAUGACUAUAUUAACAGGGGCAUGGGCUCGUUGUGCCGAGUGGUCUGCACGCAGCCCCGUCGUAUCAGUGCCAUAUCGGUGGCAGAGCGUGUAGCAGCGGAGAGGGCAGAAAGAGUAGGGAAUGGAAAUUCUUAAAUUCGCCUACAGAGCCGGUUACCACGGAGACAAGGUUCGGUCCUGUACUGUACUACAGGAAUUAUACUUCAGUGGCUUCGCUCAGACCCUUUGCUGUCCAGUAUCAGCCACCUAGUGUUAGACGAGAUCCACGAGAGGAACCUGCAAUCGGAUGUUUUGCUGAUCAUUGUGAAGGACCUACUCAACCUACGGGACGAUCUCAAGGUCAUCCUCAUGAGUGCCACACUCAACGCAAAUAAGUUUUCUACUUAUUUUGACAACUGUCCAGUGAUCCACAUCCCCGGGUUGACCUUCCCAGUGGAAGAGUUCCUACUUGAGGACAUUAUAGAGAUGACCAGGUAUCGUCCCCAGAAUCAGGGCCGUCGCCCCUCAUGGAAGAGAGGCUUUUGGCAGGGGCACCACUCCAGACCUGAGAAGGAGGAGAAAGAGGCUGAAUACAAGCAGAGCUGGCCUAGUUAUGCACGCACAGCGCAGGGCAGAUACUCUGACAGCACCAUUGCAGCACUGGAGAUGUUAGACAGUGAUGACAAGAUUGACCUGGAGCUGAUCGUGGCACUGAUCCGUCACAUAGUGCUCAACGAGGAGGAAGGAGCCAUCUUGGUGUUCCUGCCUGGCUGGGACAACAUCAGCAGUCUCAAUGACUUGCUCAUGGCUCAGCAGAUGUUCUGAUCAGACCGGUUCGUUAUCAUCCCUUUGCACUCCCUCAUGCCUACUGUUAAUCAGACACAGGUGUUCAAAAGACCACCUGCUGGAGUUAGAAAGAUUGUGAUAGCGACCAAUAUAGCGGAAACCAGCAUCACCAUAGAUGACAUUGUUUAUGUGAUAGAUGGGGGGAAGAUAAAGGAGACCCACUUUGACGUGAACAACAACAUCAGCACUAUGGCAGCUGAGUGGGUCAGCCUGGCCAAUGCCAAACAGAGGAGAGGGCGUGCUGGCAGAGUGUGUCCAGGGAAGUGCUAUCACCUGUACAAUGGUCUCAGGGCCAGUCUGCUGGAUGCCUAUCAGUUACCUGAAAUUAUGAGGACACCACUGGAGGAGCUCUGCCUGCAGAUCAAGAUAUUGAACCUUGGGUCUAUAGAUCGAUUCCUGAAGAAAGCCCUGGACCCUCCCACUGAAAAGGCUGUCAAUCUAGCCAUCAAGAACCUUUUAGAGCUGAACGCCCUGGACCAUUCAGAGAAUCUGACAGCGCUGGGUUUCCACCUGGCUCGUCUGCCCGUGGAGCCUCACAUCGGCAAGCUGAUCCUGUUCGGGGCUCUGCUGGGCUGCCUCGACCCCGUACUCACCAUUGCUGCUUCACUCAGCUUCAAAGACCCUUUUUUCAUACCACUGGGUAAAGAGAAGAUGGCAGAUAUGAGGAGAAAGACCCUGUCCAGAAACUCCAAGAGUGACCACCUCACUAUUGUCAAUGCCUUCCAGGGCUGGGAGGAAGCAAAACACCGUGGUGCCAAGUAUGAGAGGGAGUUCUGUUGGGACAACUUCCUGUCUGCCAACACACUUCAGAUGCUGCACAACAUGAAGGGUCAGUUUGCUGAACACCUAAUGCACACAGGCUUUGUCAGCAGCAGGGAUCCCAAAGACCCUGCAUCCAAUGUGAACUCGGACAAUGAGAAGUUAAUCAAAGCAGUGAUUGUUGCUGGCCUGUACCCGAAGGUGGCCAUGAUCAGACCGUCUCACAGCAAGAAGAGGCCAGGGGUUAAGGUGUACACUCAGGCCGACGGAAAGGUGUGUAUCCACCCGAAAUCUGUCAAUGCUGAAGAGACGCAGUUCAACUACACGUGGCUCAUCUACCACCUCAAGAUGAAAACAAGCAGUAUCUUCCUGUACGACUGCACUGAGGUGUCGCCGUUCUCACUGCUGUUCUUUGGAGGAGACAUCACCAUCCAGAAAGACGGGGACCAGGACACAAUUGCAGUGGACCAGUGGAUCAUCUUCCAGUCCCCGGCACGCAUCGCUCACCUCGUCAAGAAUUUAAAGACGGCACUGGAUUCUCUGCUGGAGGAGAAGAUCCGUAACCCAGCUCCUGUGGACUGGCAGAACCGUCAGUCUAAAGACUGUGCUGUCAUCACAGCCAUAAUAGACCUAAUCACCACCCAGGAGACGCCUACAGGCAGCACCAAGGGCCGUGACAGAAGAUGGCCGCCUGCCCCAAGGGGACAAUACUUUUAUUUUGACGAUGAUGAUGAUGACGAAGAUGACUAGUCACUAAGUUUUGUCCUGGCUGUGAAGAGAAGUAACGGACUGCAUCUCCAGACGCAGAGGUUAGUUGGCAUAUGGCCUCCUCGAUGGUGCAGCUUGGUUGAAAUGUUAGCGCUCCCUAUGAAAUACAAGACUAAUGGAAAAUGCACUUGAAUUUAUUUAUUUGGUCCCAAUUUUGCAAGCACCAGUCCAUACUUAAGUUUACUCACUAGUUAUUUUGUUUGUUGUAUACUUGAUUUGGAUAACACUUGUUUUUUCACUUCAUGGACUGUGCAAUAAAUA